AUGGGUGGCGAUUUGAACUUGAAGAAGUCAUGGCACCCCGUGCUCAUGUCCAACCAGAAGCGCGUGUGGGAAGAGGAAAAGAAGGCGCUGGAUGAGCGCAAGAAGAUCGACCAGGUGCUCAAGGAGCGUGCCGAAGAACGUCAAAUCCAGGAACUACAGCAAAUGCAAGAAGCCGCUGGCGGCAAGAAGCGUGUCGACAGGGUGGACUGGAUGUACGGCGGUCCUGCCGAUGGUCAAAAGGGAACCACUGAGGAGAUGGAGUCAUACUUGCUCGGAAAGCGAAGACUGGAUGGACUUGUCAAGAGAGAUGCAACCGAGGCUAUGCAGAAGGCU